GCCACAACCGCGACAAGUACUUACUGUGGUCGCGUACCAAUCCAAUUCCUCCAUAUCAUUGCUUUCAAAAUGUCUGGCGACAAUUCAAUUGUCCGCAUACGAGAGUACAAAAAGGAUCAUGUCGACUUCGUCCUGGAGAACGUCGACCUCGCGUUUGCAAAUUCUUUCAGGAGGGUCAUGAUGGCGGACAUCCCGACAGUCGCGAUUGACAUGGUGGAAAUCGAGACGAACACCACUGUUCUCCCGGACGAGUUUAUUGCGCACCGGUUGGGCAUGAUCCCGCUGCUAUCACAACAUUGUGACGAAGGCAUGCGAUAUACUCGGGAUUGCACAUGUCUAUCGUGGUGUCAAUUUUGUGCGGUCGAACUGAGGCUGAACGUCGCUUGCAACGAGAUGGUGACCAUGGACGUCACAAGUGCUCACCUAGAUGUCACCGGCCCGAGACUAGGGAGCCAGAACUGGAAUGAGGACGACGGAGGUGAGGAGGUGGGCAAGCGGGCAGACGACUUCGGGCACCCCAUCGCCAAAGACGACCCAAACACGCCGCCGGUUCUCAUCUGCAAAAUCCGUAAAGGGCAAGAACUCCGGGUACGUUGCAUCGCUAAGAAGGGCAUCGCCAAGGAGCACGCGAAGUGGUCGCCCUGCUCCGCAGUCGCCUUCGAGUACGACCCGCACAACAAGCUCCGGCACACAUCCUACUGGUACGAGAGCGACGCGCGUGCGGAAUGGCCACUCAGCGAAAACGCGAAGGAGGAGGAGCCCCCGCGGGACGACGAGCCAUUCGACUUCCACGCGAAGCCGAACAAGUUCUACAUGGACGUCGAGACGGACGGCAGUCUCGGGCCACAGGAGGUAGUUCUGAGGGGCCUGCACCACCUCAGAGCAAAACUGGCCGCCCUUAUUCUUGGUAUGAACACCGCCAACAGCGAUCCAAGCGACUUCCAGGCACCCGCGGAAGCGCACCCAGCGAAUGGAGCUCCGGACGGCGGCGCUGGUGGCCCGGGUGGCUGGGGAAACGGAGGCGCUGCAGGCUGGGGGGCGUCAGGAAGUCCUGGGAACCGUCCUGGGGGCGGAGGAGGGGGCUGGGGUGCUUCUCCGAGAGGCGGGGGCUGGAGUCCAGUGAACAGCGGCGGCGGUAGUAGUAGUAGUGGUGGUGGUGGUGGUGGUGGUGGUGGUAGUGGCGGCGGGGGAGGAUGGGGGAAUGCGGGCAGUCCUGCGGGUUCUGGCUCAGGCUGGGGAGGUGGUGCAUGGGGAAGCGGUUCAAGCCCACAGGGACAGACGAAUGGGUGGAAUACGUAGGUGGGCGCUGGGUUGGUCUCGUAUCUUACUGUGUAAAUGCUAUCGCUGUUGUUCCUUGCCGUCUUCUCGCAUCCUGUUUGCGACACUACGUGGCCUGUAUGGC